AUGGCUUUUGAAAUCGCAGCUUCACCUGUGACUGCAGCAAUUCCGCCUGUCGCAGGACUCCUCUCAACGCAAUUAUCUUCGAACGAGCAAUCUCAUUGGAUGGGAUCCUCGUUCUUCGGCACCCGCGCGCCGUAUCGCGGGCCUACCCCGCUGCAAGCCUCGUUCGCUCGCGGAUCUCUCUUCCGUCCGUCGCCGGCGCUGCCGCUCGCCACGCCUCCCUGUGCGCGCGCGCGCAAUCCGCAGUCGGUCACCUCCGCCUCCGCCUCCGCUUCCGCAUCUGCGGCGUCAUCUGCGGCGGCUGCUGCGUCUGCUUCCAGCGGCGCGUCGACGCUCGUCAAGGGCCCCGCGGUUAGGUCGGCCCGCCUCGAUCCUUCCGUCGUCGUGCCCUCCGAGCCCGUUACAAGCAGCUCCGCUUUCGUGAACGACGAAUCGCCUUCAGCGCCCGCCGAUGAUGCAAUCAGCGGCGCGUCCUCCGCGGGUACCCGGCGCUCGCUGCGCUCGUCGUCGCCCACCCGCGAGCCCGCGCGCCCAGGCCUCAUCGAGCGCUGCUUCGGCCCAGGAACCGCGCCGUCAGUCGCGGAAGCCGCCAGCAGCCUCCUCGUCCCCCUGGCGGAGCACGCGGUGUCCAAUUGGGCGCUUCCGAGCGGCACGAGCGGCGGGCGCAGCGGGUCGGAAGCGCGCGUGCGGAGGGCGAAGCGCGCGGCGCGGAGUCUGGAAGAGGAGAAGCUCCGCGAGGAGCGGCGGAGGGAGUUAAGCGUGCUUCUGGAGCAGCUAGAAGCGAUUCGGGACCACGCGAUGGAGCUGGAAAUGUGCAACCAGCACCACCUCGACCUCGCCGCGCCGCGGUACCGCGAGUCGGCGCGCAACCUGCUGCACUACAUGGCGCUGCGCAACAUGGACGUGCGCCAGAUGCAGCAGGCGCUCGCGAACCUGGGCCUUUCCUCGCUGGGGCGCACCGAGGCGCACACGCUCGCGUCCAUCCACGCCGUCACGCGCGUCGUGCGCUCCAUGCUGCGCGAGCUCUCCCCCAAUGACGCUUCCGUCUCCGCCGCUUCCGCGUCGUCUUCUGUCAAGGCCAGGGGAAAGUCCAGAAACCUGGCGUCUCAAGUGGAGGCCCUGGCAACGGACGUACUCCCGCCCGUCCUAGAUUUCGCGGACGGCGACAGGCAGCUGCAGCGCAACACCGUCGACCUGCUCGGCGCGCAUCCGCCGCACCGCAAGACGUCCAUCAUGGUCACGCUGCCCGCGGAGGCCGCCGCGGACCGCGCGCUCGUGGCGGAGCUGCUGCGCGCGGGCAUGAACGUCGCGCGCGUCAACUGCGCGCAUGACGAUCCCGUGGUGUGGGGGAGGAUUGUGGCGAAUGUGCGGAAGCUCUCCGCGCAACUCGGCCGCCCCUGCAGGAUACUGAUGGAUCUAGCAGGGCCCAAGCUAAGAACAGGCCCCAUGCCCGCAGGUCCGCGCGUGCUGCGCCUCAAGCCCAACAAGGACGCGCGCGGGCAAGUUGUUUCCCCCCUGCGCGCCCUGCUCCUCCCCGCCGCACCCGCCACUCCCUCCUCUUCCUCCUCCCCCUCUGCCACCACAAUCCCUCAAGCAGCAACAGCAUCAGCAACAGCAGCGGCAGCAGCGUCACUCCCCUGUAUCCCCGUGCAAGCCUCUAAGGAGUGGUUCCAGGCGGUGGAGACCGGUAACGUGCUCACAAUGCAGGACGCCCGCGGCAAGAGGAGGUCUCUGCUCGUGUCUGAGGUGGUCCCAGGAGUCAAGGGCCCACAGCUCAUCGUGGAAAGCCGCAAAUCCGUCUCCUUUGAAACCGGGCUGCCCGUGAGCGUCCAGCGGGCAGGGGCGAAGGAAGAAGGGAAGGGGAAGAAGAAGAGCAAGGCGGGGAAGGCUCUAGCAGGAGGAGGAGCAGCAGCAGCAGCAGCAGCAGCAGCAGCAGCAGCAGCAGAGGCGUGUAUAGGGGAGUUGCCGGCUAAGGAGGUGGCGAUAGAGCUGGCGGUGGGGGAUGAGUUGUUGAUCGUGCGUGGGGAGGGCGAGGGCAGCAAGGCGCAGUAUGAUGCGGUCACGGGAGCGCUUGUGCGCCCUGCUGCUGUCAGCUGCUCGCUGGAGCAGGUCUUCACCAAUCUCAAGGAGGGCGAGCCUGUGAAGCUGGACGACGGCAAGAUCGAGGGCGUGGUGGAGGCGGUGGGGAGCGAGGAGGUACGUGUGCGCAUCUGCAAGACUCCGCCCGGAGGAGCCAAGCUCAAGAGCGAAAAGGCCAUGAACCUCCCAGACAGCGACCUACAGCUGCAGGGGCUGACGGCCAAGGACAUAGAAGACCUGGACUUCAUCGUCACGCAUGCUGACAUGGUGGCCUUCUCCUUCGUCAACGACGCCUCCGAUGUCACCAUGCUGCAGGAGGAGCUGGCGAAGCGGGGAGCGGAUGACCUGGGCGUGGUGCUCAAGAUCGAGACCAAGCGCGCCUUCCAGAACCUGCCAUGGCUCAUGCUGCAGGGCAUGCAGGGUUCGGGUCCCCUAGGCGUGAUGAUCGCGCGGGGAGACAUGGCUGUGGAGUGCGGUUGGGAGCGGCUGGCAGAGGUGCAGGAGGAGGUGCUGUGGCUCUGUGAAGCUGCACACGUGCCCACCAUAUGGGCCACUCAGGUGCUAGAAGGCUUGGCGAAAACGGGACUUCCGUCGCGAGCGGAGAUCACAGACGCGGCCAUGGGGGAGAGAGCGGAGUGCGUGAUGCUGAACAAGGGGCUGCACAUUGCAGCGGCCGUCACGACUCUAGAUGACAUCCUGCAGCGCAUGCGCUCGCACCAGAUGAAGAAGCAGAGCAUGAUGCGCCCGCUGCAGCUCUCGCUGCCCUUUGUCUCCAUCAGCUACUCGUCUGCUAGCAGCAGCGACUCCAGCAGUGAUUCUUCCAGUGAUGAAGAGGCGUGA